AUGGAGCUCACCUCGUUAGUCUCUGGCAUGACCGAGUUCGCCGCGAACCUGUAUCCUCUAAAGACCGAGGAGGAGCUCGUGGCGCUCCUGAGCGGCAUGCACCACUUCCCACCUGGCGUGCCUGAGCGUGCCCGUCGCGUCCAUGAGCGGCUGCCCGCCGGGUCGGCACUCUGCUCCUCUGACGUCGGCGUGCUGAUUGACUGGCUCGACACGGAGGGAGGCCUUGACGGGUUGUACAAGCAUCUCGCGCACACCAAGGAGGACCUCUACAUUUCCGCUCUGCUCAAGGCGCUACGCGCCCAGAGCCGCGCGCUCGAUUUCUCAACAGAUUGGCCCAAGCGUGCAGGACUACGAGGAAUGGCAGCGGCUGGCAACCAGCUGGUGAAGGCAAACUCGCUCGUUGGUCAGGACGCGCCAUCCUCCUUCACAGAGAUCUGUCUCGAAUGGGAGCAGCUGCUGCAGGCCCGACCAGUGUCCAGCCUGCUCCGACCGCUCUUCUUCGCGCAAUCGGGCGACCAGGCACGGCUCCUGCUCGCGGGAUACCCGGCCCUCUCCUCCGCCAUCUUCCAGGCGGUUGGAGACCGCAUCGAUCAGGCCCUCGCAGCACUUCGCAUUUCUUCCCUCUUCGACGCGGUGGUGGCACACACGGCGAGCGAGGCACCCGCACGCAAGCGGAGGCCGGAAGGGCUGCUCUUUGCCUGCGGCGAUGUCUGCCUGCACCGCUUCUUCGGCCGGUGCGUGGUCGUCGGCUGGGAUGAGACAUGCCAGCGGGCCGGCGCGUGGGACCUCGGCCAGGGGCUGAGAGAGGUGCGGAGGUUUGGGCGUGCGCAGCCCUUCUACACGGUGCUCCUAGAGCGGGACCAGGUGGCGCGGUACUGUUCGCAGGAGAACCUCGCGCUGCUCACGGAAGCCAAGGUCUUUGCACACCCACAGGCCGCCUUCUACUUUGCCUCGGCGCGCGGGUUUGUGCCGAGCGAGGCGCUCACCUUUGUGUACCCGGAUGACCGCGACCUGAGCGCGGCGCCAGAGCGGCGGGACUAUAGGACCCUGCGCGAGGCCCUCGAUGGGUAG